UUUAAGAUUAUUUGUUUAGUUUCAGGUCAUGAACAUGUUGUGCUUUAUGGUUAAACUGUCAAACACCUGUGUGAUGAUAUUUUUCUUAUUUGUCUCUGUCUAUGGAAGAGGUGAAGACUUGUCUCCUUCAUGUGUUCAGCUGAUGGUUCGCAGUGGCACGACCUUGAAAAGAGCCCCACAGCAAUCUGCGACAGUCAGCUGUCCCGUCAAACACUGUGGAAAAUCACUAAACAUCACCUGGUGUAAACUACUCGACACGAACCGCUGUGAACGGAUCAAUAAAACGGAGAAUAUAGAAAUAAGACAGGAUGACGACCACGUUAAAAAUGAACUGAUCUCGUAUUUAACUUUCAAAUGGAUUACCGUUUAUGAUGAUGGCCUGUACAGAUGUGAGUUCAGAGGAAAAUAUCAUGAAAUCAGUCAUAUCAUCAACAUCUCAGUUUCUGACAUGCACCAGGGGGAUGAAACAACUGACGAUACUGACAACAUUGCAGUUGUGUCACUGAGUGCUGCUGAUGGUGAGGCUGUGACCUGGCUGCCCUACUUCUAUAUCUGUGUUGCCAUAGUUCUUCUGGUUUUCACAAUGACAGUGUUAACCCUGCUGAGUUUUCAUGGCUGGAAAAUCUUCUUCACAGAAACACUGACAUUCAAGCCAACAAAGGGCCAGGAAAGGUCCAGUCAUAUGAUACCUGACCUCCCCAAGGGGAACACUCCUUCCACACCAGUCCUGCAAGACCACUUUGUUCUGAAUGCCAUCUACUCUCCAAACACUGCAGGGACACCACCAUCACCACCUUCUCUGACCAACAAUAGGAACCAGCCUUUGGCAAACACAGGAGAUAAAAGUCACGCGUCAGACUAUGCAGUGUAUGCUGUCAUCAACCAUACACAGCCUGGGAUACCUGCCAGAAAACAGCAUGCCGUGACUAAACAAGACAAUAACCCUAAAUAUACCGCUGUCAAUGUUUCCUGAACAUUUUUGAUUUAUCAUAGACGAACGGUUGGAAAAAUGUUGACAAGUACAUGGUGGUGUCAUGGAACAGGCACAUUGUAGAAGAGGCGUAUGUAGGGGGCUUGUGGUCAUGCAGAUGCACAGUGUGUCAUCUCACAUUAACCUGGCUACAGCAAAGAAGAAACAAUGUUUUGUUUGUUCUCUCAACCUCACAUUUAUUCCAGUUGAUGCUUCUUUCUGUUUCAUUUCUUGUCAUUUUUUUUAUUUUGUAUUUUCCCCUAGUCAUUUCAUUUAUGUGACUUUUUUGACUUAUUUUACACUGUUGGCCAGGUUUUGGUGGUUUGCAUUAAAAAAAAAAACUCAGUCAAUACUUACUGUGCAUUCUUCUGUCUGAUUUGGUUAUAUGAAGACUGAAGUUUGGGAGGCAUCUACAUCUGAUCAGAAAUUUCAGCAUUUCAAUAUAAUCCUUGGCUGAUCUGUGACUGUGCAAGCACUUUGUUCUUUGAGACGUAGCAGAUGUGGUGUCUUUAAUAUUUAUUUUUGCACUCCUUUCAGCUGAGAUAUGAAUAUUUUAAAGAAAGAAUAAUUC